UGGAAAAAAAGAAAAGAGGAUGACAUCAAAUGCCAGGGGAAACGAGUGAAUGUCUGGAUGCUGAAGAGGCUGUUGAGAAUCAAGCUGGAGCGAAGAAACUUGGAGGAAAUCAUGUACAUGAGAAGAUAGAUGCAUCCAUUUCUUCUCCAGAGGAAGUCCAAGUCCCUCAGAAAACAUCCACGGGAGAGGAAACCCAUGAGUGCCCCGAAUGUGGGAAAACCUUUACCCGUAAAUCAGCCCUAGAUUGCCAUGAGAAAGUUCACAAAGGGGAAAAACCACUGACGUGCCUAGAGUGUGGAAGGAGUUUCAGUCAGUCUGCAAACCUUGCUAAACAUCUCAGGAUCCAUGCGGACAAGAAGCCAUUUCAGUGCCUGGAGUGUGGAGAAAGCUUUAGAUGGAAAUCCCAUCUUACCGUCCACGAAAGAAUUCACUCAGGGGAGAUGCCAUUUCAAUGCAUUGAGUGUGGAAAGAGUUUCAGUGAGAAUGGAAACUUUGCUAGACACCUUAGGACCCACACAGACAACAAGCAAUUUGAAUGUCUUCAAUGUGGAAAGACUUUUCGACUGAAAAUAUCGUUGAUGAAUCAUCAAAAGAUUCACCAAGGUGAGAAACCAUACAAACGGGUAGCACGUAGAAAGAAUUUUAGUCAAGGAAAAGAAAAGUCAUUGAAAUGCUGGGAAUCUGGAAAGAGAUUCAGUCAGAGCAGCCUCGCCUUGCAUCAAAGAGUGCACCCUGGGGAGAAAGCAUAUAAAUGUUUAGAGUGCGGAAAGACUUUCAAGCAGAAGUCAAAUUUAAAUUCUCAUCAGAGAAUUCACACAGGGGAGAAGCCCUUUGAAUGCCUGGAGUGUGGGAAACACUUCAGGUUGAAAACAAUUCUUACAGCUCAUCAAAGAAUUCACUCAGGGGACAAGCCAUUUAAAUCUCUGGAGUGUGGAAAGAGUUUCAGCCAGAGCACAAACCUGAAAACCCACCAGAGUAUCCACAUGGGGCCGAAGCCAUUCGAAUGCAAGGAAUGUGGAAAAUGCUUUAGAUUGAAAGAUUCCCUUCUCAGCCAUCAAAGCGUUCAUACAAGAGAGAAGCCAUUUAAAUGUCUGGAGUGUGGAAAGGCUUUCCGUUUGAAGGCAUACCUUCGUUCACAUAAUAAGAUCCAUACAGGCGAGAAGCCCCUUGAAUGCCAAGAGUGUGAGAAGACCUUCAGCCAUAAAAUUAACCUUGUUAUCCAUGAAAGAAUUCACACUGGGGAGAAACCCUAUGAAUGUCUGGAGUGUGGAAAGAGAUUUAGUAGAAACGAUCGCCUUUCUGAUCAUGAAAGAACUCACACAGGGGAGAAACCAUAUAAAUGUCUGGAGUGUGGGAAGACUUUCAGUUAUACUGGAGAUCUCACUAUUCACCAAAGGAUUCACACAGGGGAGAAGCCAUUUCACUGUCCAGAGUGUGGGAAGAGUUUCAUUCGUGGUGGAGAUCUUUCAGCACUUACUCGCCAUCAAAUAAUCCACACUGGAGAGAAACCAUUUAAAUGUUCGGAGUGCGGAAAGGCCUUCAAACGGAAGGAGACCCUUAGACAACACCGGAGAGUCCAUACAGGGGAGAAACCCUUUAAGUGUCAGGAGUGUGGAAAGAGCUUCCGUGAGAGUGGUAAACUUACUCUGCAUUCCCGAAUCCACACAGGGGAGAAACCUUAUAAAUGCCUGGAGUGUGGAAAGAGCUUCAGUCAAAGGGGGAGCCUUCGUUCCUAUGAAAUGGUUCACAAAGGAGAGAAGCCCUUCAAAUGUAUGGAGUGUGGGAAAAGCUUCCUUUCAGGUGGACGUCUCAAUCAACAUCACAAAAUCCACACCAGGUUUAAUAUCAAACAUUCCUGCUGAAAAUAAUUGAUAGCAAAGUUGCUAAUACAGUGAAAAGUCUUUUUUUAUAUAUUAGAAUUUCUAUUCCUGUUUUUUACUCA